AUGGCAACCGCCUCACCUACCCGCCGGGCUCGCCUCUCUGAACUUCAUCGACAAGUAACUCAACUAUAUGCCACAUCCCUUCUCAACCGCGUACAACUUCUUUUGAUCAUUCGAGAAGCCGGGCUCGACUCUCCCAUUGGAGAACAAGCAUUGAAAGCCACAGAAAAUGAAACCGAGAUUGCCAACUUACUGGACAAGUUCAGAGGUCUACCCGCCCAAAAAUCGCUAGACCCAGAGAUUGUCGGCAAAGAGCACUUCCUACGAGGAUAUUUCUGCGAAUUGAGAGGUGAUAAGAACAAUGCAAGGAUCUGGUACCGUCACGCCGUCAUGAUCGAUAGCCAGCUUGCAAAAUCGGAACGCAUUCGAAAGUUUCUUGGGUUAUCUGAUUUAGGAGAGAGUUCGGCGGCUUCAGAUGGAGACAAGCAAGAUUCAACGACGGUCAGUCCAGUCUCAAGAAGUUCGAUCGCUAGCUUGGACCGCAGUGUAUCAAAUAAAGACGAUUCAACCAGACGAGACAGCACGAGCGAAGAAGCGUCCGAGAUUGACUCUCCAAUCAGACACAACAGACCCAAAUCAUCCACUGAUACAAUUGAACCAGACCCCAUCAUUACAUCCGUCAUCAAUUCGAAACCCACUAUCGACUCAGAGGGCAACAUCCGACAUAGCGAACUAUUCGGCGAUUUAUUGGCACACACGCUCGUCGAGGGGGUUUCACCGUAUCGAACGGAAAACUUCUUGAACGAGUUAACCAUGUCACCUGGUAGUCUCACAUCAUCAUCAUAUGACAACAGCCAAUAUUCACAACGUGGAACUGGAAUCGAUGUCGGAUUCCGUAUCAAUCAUGGACCAGAGGGAAAUAAGACCUUUGAUGACCUUUACGGUCGACCUCGAGCGUGUUUACCCGGCAAAUGUGAUGGUGGUAGUGGUAGUGUUGAUGGUGGGUUGAGACCAGUAUCUAAUGGUUGCACCAUUAAUGGUCAUGGUCAUGGUCAUGGUGAUCAUGAUCAUGAUCAACAUGGUCAAUUUGAUGAAGCUUCUACUACUACUACCAUUACUACGCCUACAAGCCCAUCAACCCACCCACACAUCCACGUCCGCCACGAACAUCCCGUCUCAACGACACGACGACCCAGUUUAACCGUCCGAACUACUCCUCCUCCUCCCACCACCACGACCACGACCACGACCGCCACCACUGGCACUAGUCGACGACGUCUUUCAGAAGAAGGAAUCCUUACCGAUAUUCCUGCACUGGAUGAAUUGCCAAAAGUUCUUGUCAGUCCAGUUCAAAUAUCACCUAGUCAUGCGGUUGGUGCUAGACGUCGGUCUUGGGGUGGUAAUGUGGGUGUAGAUAUUACGCCGACUUCUCCGAAUUCGCCGAGUCGGUUGAGACAGUCGAUUACGAUUGAUGAUGAUGAGUGA